GGUUUAGUGCUGACGCGUCUUUCUUCGUCUUUGCGAGCGACGUGUCAGUCUUCUUGUGUCCAACAGCCGCUCUUUUUCCCUCCGUUAUGGCUCCUAAAGUCAGCAGCAAACAUCAGUCGGAGGAAGACCUCCUCCUGCAAGACUUUAGUAGGAAUCUUUCUGCUAAAUCCACCGCGCUUUUCUACGGAAAUGCUCUCAUCGUUUCUGCCAUUCCUAUCUGGCUGUUCUGGAGGAUCUGGCACAUGGAUCUAGUCCAGUCAGCAGUUCUGUACGCCGUCAUGACGCUGGUCAGCACCUACUUGGUGGCCUUCGCCUACAAGAACGUCAAGUUUGUCCUCAAACACAAAGUGGCACAGAAGCGUGAGGAUGCAGUGUCCAAGGAGGUGACCAGGAAGUUAUCUGAGGCAGACAAUCGCAAAAUGUCCCGCAAGGAAAAAGACGAGAGGAUCCUGUGGAAGAAGAACGAGGUGGCCGACUACGAGGCCACCACCUUCUCCAUCUUCUACAACAACACUCUCUUCCUGGUGCUCGUCAUCGUGGCUUCCUUCUUCCUCCUCAGGAACUUCAACCCCACCGUGAACUACAUCCUGUCAAUCAGCGCCUCAUCAGGACUCAUCGCUCUGCUCUCCACCGGCUCCAAGUAGACGAUGAAGACGAUGAAGCUGCUGGAAUAAAAAUCCGCUAAACGGGAAACAUCACAUUUCAAUGUCAUGAAAUUCAUGAUCAAAUAUCUGGAGGUUCUUCUUCCAGGUGUCUUCUUUUUUUGUAACAAUAAAACAAUAAAAGGUC